CUCCAAAGCAGCAAAAACAUGACCCAGCCAUCUGUCCUCAUUGUUGGUGGAGGGGCAUUUGGAACCUCCACCGCAUACCAUCUCUCCCAUCGUGGUUAUGCAAAUGUGACUGUUCUCGACCGAUUCCCAGCCCCAUCCAAGGAUGCAGCAGCUACCGAUUUGAACAAGAUCAUUCGAUAUGAUUACCCCAAUCCCCUUUACACAAAGCUCGGUCUGGAGGCUAUGAGCGUAUGGAAAGACCCGAAUUCACUUUUCCGCGGCCUUUUUCGUGGGACUGGGUGGAUCAUGUCCGCCCAUCAAAUGACGCAGGGGUUUCUCAAGGCAGCGUAUGAGGGUGCCUUGAAAGCGAACCGUAAGGCCGUCAGAUGGAUGAGCAUCGCGGAGACGAAAGAGCGUUGGCCUGAAUUCACCGGUUCCUUUGACGGAUGGGUUAAUCUGUGGAGUCCAGAGGCUGGUUGGGUUCCCUCUGGACAAGCGCUUCUCCGAUUUGCGUUGGCAGCUCAAGCGAAUGGGGUGAAGUACGUAUCAGGAGACGCUGGGUUUGUGAAACAAUUGCUUUUCGAUGGUAGCGGUAAAUGCAUCGGUGCCCUAGCUGCUAACGGACAAACACACCUUGCCGAUGUUGUUAUUCUCUGCACGGGUGCAAAUACGGCAACCCUUGUGGACGCGAAGGAUGAAAUCGUUGCUCGAUCUCACUGUGUGGGUAUCAUCCAGUUGACCCCAGCGGAAGUGGAGAAAUACAAAAACUUGCCUAUCGUGGACGACUUUGAACAAGGCAUUUUGUUCCCGCCCGAUGAAAAUGGCCUCCUCAAAAUGUGCAGUUGUCGCUUCAUCACCAACUACUACAACUCCUUCAUCCCGGGGGCCUCCAUUGGUCAUUCUCAUGGUGACUAUCCAGAGGAUGGUGUUCCCCGGCAAAUCGAAGAGGAAAUGCGAUCCUUCAUGCGUGAUAUGAUUCCGGAAUUAGCCGAUCGGCCGUGGGUUUCUACUCGUAUGUGCUGGGACGGUGACACUAAAGACGUCAACUUCCGAGUUUGCCCGUUCCCCAACACUGAAAACCUGUACAUAGCCACAGCAGGCUCUGGCCAUGGGUUCAAGUUCAUGCCCGUCAUUGGCAAGUACGUCGCGGAUAUGCUUGAAGGUAAGUUGGAAAACGACUACACAGACCUUUGGAAGUGGCGAUUCGGGGCCAUCCCUCCCAAGACUGGAAAGGAGCCCCAUCCGUACCCUCAAAGAGAUCUGGGGGAGUUGGAUGGCUGGAAGGGGAGGAAUAAGCGGAUUAUCCAGGGGAAGCUAUAG